GACACUUGACAGCUCAGUACAGUAUGUCGGGUCCGACUAGUUAUUAGAGCUGUGUGGCACUACUUUUUUAAUUUAACUAAAUAGUUUAGUGCACCGUUCCUUGUAGUCGACUGCAGAGGUAUAGAGAGGCUGCCUGCUGCUGUGUAGGACUAUAUUUGCUUGCAGAGGAAUUCAACAAAGGUCAGUAGACGUUUAGUGAGAAAUCAUCAAGUUGAUACUUUAGAUAUAAACAGUUCAUGCAGCUUCUUGUCUGGACUCAAGUCCUGUUGAUGACCACAGCUUCAACCCUGAUACGCCCUCGGACCAACAGAAACGCUGCUUUCACCCUCGAUCAUGUGUCUCAGACUCUGGAUUCGCUGGAAAAACUUUUGCAAUAUUUUGAUAAGAACAGGGGCUCGCUUAUAGUGGAUUCUAUGUGGGCUAUCCGCAUGAUUCAAGGUGGUUUAGAAGACACCGUAAGAAAAGCUCACCAAGAUAAUGAAGCAAGCAUUCUAGAACGUGUGUCCGGAAUAGCAGAUUAUGCGAAACAAGUUUCCGAGCGAGGACUUUUCUACGCAAAACGGAAUGCUGCAGUGCAGUUUAACAAGUUUUCUGAGCUGCUGAGCAGGCCUUUUGUAUAUGAAAACUUACUGGGAGGAUCUAUCGGGAGAAUUGAUUCAAGUUUAAUAUUCUCCGAAGAAAGUCGGCUAAACAUCGAGCCGAAGGAGAGUGACGACUGUCUGAUGGGAACUAUAGGUAGUGGACAUUAUAAAGGACUCAAAUGCACGAUAACAGACAAGUGUUGGCGCCAGAUAACGGACAAAGGCCAACGUGAAUACUCCAUCACCCACCAGCUCCUAUUUUUCUUCCUUAUCAAGCACUACAACUGCUCUGAAGCCAUCAACUCCAAGGGAGGAGAAGUUGCCGUGGCUGAACUCACCAAAUCUUUCUGUUCUAAUAUUUACAGUGAGAUGGAGGGUAUAUUCUCGCGAGGAGUGGACCCUGGCGUGGACCAGGACCUGGUAAUGGAACAGAUCAUGUUCUGUGGAGGCGCAGGAUUCGUGGAGGAUUUUGUGAGACCCAGUGUCCUAGAAAUGAUGUUAGACUGGCAGAGGGAUGAUGGCUGUUAUGCUCCCUACGAUGGUUCUCAUCUUCCUGAGGCUAUAGCUCUCCACUCCAAGAAAUCUCGGGAGAGGGCACUCCAAAGAAGAAAAUUGAUCGACAGGUUGGCAGUUGAUUUCAACAAAGAGCAAAAUUACUUCAUGAUGAGGAAACCUUUGUCAGAAGCCGAGCUUCGAGACGGGUGCAUGAUGCACAUGAGCUCAGUUGCUGGAGGAGCUCUCACAAUAUACGUCCGAGCAAUGUUACAAUACAAACUCUACACAGACUACAACUUUAUCCAGUAUCGGAUCCAGGACGUACGCUAUACGGCUCCGGAGACCUACAUCAUCAUAUUCCUGGCAGUUCUCGCUAUCUUACUGGUCAUUAAGUUGGGGAGCGUUCCACUGAAGCUUGCUAUGAGAGUAAUUAGUAGCAUACGCUUUUCGAGAACCAGUAAACAGUUUCAUUCAGUUUGACGGUUCGUAAUUUAUUUUAGCUGAGUCUAUUCAGUGCUCGGGAAUUUCAAAUCUUUUUUAGUCGUUUGAUGCACUUUUUAAUCACUUGAUUAUAAUUAUAUAACAGAAAAACAACAUUAUUGCAGAGUAUAGAAUAAUCAUAAAACUGUGUAUAUUAACGCAUAUAAUUAUAAACGUUGGACCAUAUUUAUUUUCAGAAUUCAUCCUGUAUCUAAACAUAUUACUGAAACUAAAAUAAUCAAUUGUCUUUCGUAAUCUAAAAGUCUAAAUGAUUUAACAAAGAU